AUACUGUACCAAUAAUGCUUACAACUAAUUCAUCUCUUGCAGAAAUUGUUUAUGGAUCUAUUACACUAAGUUUAGCUGUAUUUACAUUCCAAAAUGAUACAAAACAAUUAGUUUAUCAAGAUGCACUUUGUACUUUUCGUGGCUACUUAGCUUUUGUAGGAACAGCAAUAUAUCUUUAUUCGUUCACUUUACAAGCUAUUUAUCGGUAUAUUACAGUUGUUCAUACAGCCCAUGUUUCAUGGCAAUCGACUCGAGUUCAGAUUGCAUUAAUAGUCAUUUCUUGGAUCCUUUCUAUCAUUUUGUUUCUACCAUGGUUAUUUACUGGUGCCAUAACAUACAGUUUCGAUGAUCAGGUUUGCUUUGUAAUUGCUCAUUUAUCUGUUCCUGUGAUUUAUAAUAUGCUUUUUGUUUAUUUAAUUCCUAUAUCAAUCAUAGUUCUGAUUUAUAUUAAACUUGUAAGAUAUGUGCGAGAAAUGAGCACUCGUGCUACAUCAACUCAAACAAUGUUUCAGGCUCGACGAGAUCUAGUAGUUGUACGUCGUAUUAUUAUUAUUAUAAUGAUUUUGUUAACACUUGGUUUUCCAUAUGUUAUAUUUAUAUUGAUAUCAUUUGUAACUAAACCUCCAAAAUAUCACUUACGUAUUGCUAUAUUCCUAGUUGAUCUAUCUCAAAUAUUAAUUAUGAUUGCUAUUUUUAAAUUCUCGCAACCAGUAAUGGAUGUUAUAUUAAAAUACAAACGUCUGGUUUCCAGCCGUGUUCAACCAACAAUGACAUGA